ACGAUCAGCCUGUGUCAGGUGUCAGAAGCCUCCGAAGUCUGCCUGCUGCAGCCGCUGGUCUGGCCGCGAUUCACUUGUAGCUGCGUACUCCGACAGGCUCUGGGCACUCCCCUUUGUCCGGUUGGCCGUUCCCCAUGGUGCCGCCCUCAAUUGCCGCCUCCACAAUUAUGGGGUCACCAGACAUGGUGAACCCCUAUGGUCACUCCAACCGCACUCUGAGUAGCUGCACGGCAGUCCGGUCAGGCACGGUCACCUCCAGCAGCAUCUCCAGUGCGCACCACGCACUGCUCUCUUCACUCCGCACACUCUCUCUCUGCAUCCCACGUCACACCGCUCUCCAGCCAAUCCCGUCAGGAUGCCUAGCAACCAGGUAAAGGACACCAGUCCCCACAGUCACAAUUUAAUAAGUUUACAAGUGGCACAGAGCACAGUCACAGUAUCAUAGUCCUUACAGUGGGGAGCCACAUGUGCGCAUUGUGAGUUCUGUGACGCAGCAGUUUCAGUUCUGCAUCUCGCACCGAAAGUGAAAGAGAAAACGUAAAGAUCCUCUGACCACGUACUGAGGAAGCAGAAACUUGAUAAGGUUCAGAGAGAAGACACAGGACGCAGAGACGGCGAGAAUAAAACGAGUGCAAUCUAUGGAAUAAUGGAGAGAUGCAUCUACGUCUGUCUACUGUGCUGCACUCUGGGGACACAGGUUUCUGGCAUCCGUCUAAGCAUGUUUAGCAACUCCUUUGAUGACCAGUAUGAGGGCUGCACAGAGGAGAUGGAGGAUGAAGUCAUAACCAAUCUGCUUACUAAAGAAAAAUGCGCUGAUGCAGAAUUUAGCAGCACUUGGGACCAAGCAGCGCUGAGAUGGAAGAAAAUGAGACUGAGCGUACCCAGUGGUUUCCGUGACGAAUACGGCAUCGCAAUUAUGGCCUAUACCAACAUUGACAGCCAUGUUUUCUCCAACUUCAACCAAGCCGUGAGGAAUUACCAGAAUUCCUUCUCAUUUAGAUACCAUUCUCUGCACUUCUUCCUCACGCAGGGAGUCAAGCUCCUGAGGUCCAGCUGUUGGGGGGGGUCGUGGACCGUAUACCGAGGGUUGAACAUGACUCAUAUAGAUCCUAGCGAUAAAGGAGAAAAGAUCCGACUUGGACAGUUUUCCUCUUCCUCCAUCAACAGGACAGUGGCGGAGAGUUUCGGGAAUGAUUCAUUCUUCACCAUGUCCACCUGCUUUGGCGUCAAAGUAAAAAGAUUUUCCUAUAAACCAGAACAGGAGGAGAUUCUGAUACCUGUGGACGAGGUGUUCGAAAUGACCAACUUUACCGUGGUGGGAAGUGAGCGCAGAUUUGUUCUUAAAACUACGAACCAGAGAUGUCACUACUACAACUGUGAUUACCUGCGGAAAGGUGGAAAGUCCAGUCAUUGUGUGGAGAGCGGAGUUACAAGGAUAACAUCACCAUUGUCUGUCAAAGCCCUUCUGCUUUCUGGUUUCAUCAUCUUCACCAGCGACAUUCUGUGACGAGAAGCUGACAAUCCGGGAUUAUUCAGUUAUUACUGGACUUUCUUUCACUGCGAGGAGAAGUUCAGUGGCGCCAUACAGCAGCUCUAGACUCUAUAUAGACACUUUAUAAAGGGACAUGUCACAUAGUUAAUGAGUAACAUAGUAACAUAGUUAAUGAAGUUGAAAAAAAAACAAAUUGUCCAACGAGUUCAACCUGUAUUAUAAAAACUAUAAUUUAUGCUCUAAAAUUUUCUUCCUUUAAAUGCUAUAUCCACGGAUAUUUCUUUCCGCUAGGAAUUUAUCUAAUCCAUUUUUAAACAUAUUGACUGAGUCCACUAAUACUCCCUUCUCUGGCAGAGAAUUCCAAAUCCUUACUGCCCUUACUGUGAAGAACCCUUUCCUAUGUUCUAUAUGAAUUUUUCUCUCUUAUAACCUCUGAGCAUGUUUGGGUGUCCAGUGUAAUGAUUUUUUGAUAAACAAAUCGUUUGAUAAGUCCCGGUAUUGUCCCUAUAUGUAUUUAUAAUAUUAAUAAUAUCCCCUCUCAGUCGCCUCUUUUCCAGUGUGAACAUAUCUAACCUUUUAAGUCUUUCCUCAUAAUCCAGUGCCUCUAACCCCAUAACCAGUUUGGUGGCUCGCCUCUGAACCUUUUCGAGUUCCAAGAUAUCUUUUUUAUAGUGAGGUGCCCAGAACUGUACACAAUAUUCCAGGUGUGGCCUGUCACACGCCAGAGGCGGCGUUCGCCGCGCUUAACCCUGCAUGCCUGCUGGUCUGUGUUGCGGCCCCCGCCUUCAAUGGUCCACGGGCUCCGACGUCUGGCUGGCGCGGCUCCCGGUGGUUCCCCGGGGCAGGGGUGCCGCCAUGACACCCGGCAUCACGUGGGCAGGGAGCAGGUGACAUCAUCAGACUGUUCCGCCAAUCCAGCCGAGGCGAGAGAUUCAAGUCAGACGCCGGGCAGAGCCUCGGCGCCUGAGUAUCGUCUUUUCUCCUGAAGUGGAUGCCAGUGCUCUUGUUCCCGACGAAUCUCUCUGCAGUUGUACUCCAGUGUCUCCGGCAUUUCCAGGUGCCAGUUGCGGCUCAGUUCCCAGUGUACCCAUCGGCUGGUGUGUUCCUCUGCGGUCCAGCCACCAGUGCUUCUUGGAGUCAGCGUGGGCUGCGGGCUAAAUGCUGCUCUCAAGUUCUACAAGUCAUCAGUGUCUUUAAUCACCGCUCUCAAGUUCUACAAGUCAUCAGUGUCUUUAAUCACCGCUCUCAAGUUCUACAAGUCAUCAGUGUCUUUAAACACCGCUCUCAAGUUCUACAAGUCAUCAGUGUCUUUAACCACCGCUCUCAAGUUGUGCAAAUCAUCAGUGUCUUUAAUCACCGCUCUCAAAUUCUACAAACCAUUCGUGUCUUUAAAAAACACUGCUCACAAGUUCUUCAGUCUCCAGUAUCUUUUAAUACCACUCACAAGCUCUUCAAUAAUCAACAUCUUUAAAACAACGUUCUCAGUGUCUUUCGUCGUCACCUACGAGUACUUCAUUUGUUAACAUCUUUUGACAUUGCUUACAAGUUCUUCUAUAGGCCUGGACAUUCCCCCCAUACGUUCCUUCUCUGCUAUGUGACAUUGUGUUGCUCCCUUCCUGCAAUAAAGUUCUUCAAUAUUU